CCGACAUUAAACGCGUUGAAUACUAUCUGUACAAGGGCCCCAUGAUGCACAAAGGGCAUGCAGUUCCCAAUUUUUUACUCUGGAAACUCCCCGUCUGACCAUCCAACCAGUCCUCCCUAUUUCUCUCCUUCCCUCAAUCUCAAGUCUCCGCCAGGCCAAACCGAAAGUUUCUUGGUUUGGGUUUGAAUCCAAAAGGCAAGAAAGGUGGAGUUCAUGGGUUAUAUUUCCACAACCACUUCACUUGACAGGCUUAUGGGCGUUUCUUGUGACUCAAUCUAAUGAGAUUUCUUGUCUUUUCAUGGCUUCUUUUCAUGUCCUUGCUCCAAAUCUUAUGCCUUGUUCGGGUUUCUGGUCAAUGCCUCAAUGAUCAAAGGUCGUUGUUGCUGCAGUUAAAGAGCAGUCUUGUAUUCAAUUUGACGACUUCCACCAAGCUGGUGAAUUGGAAUCAGAAUUCUGACUGCUGCAACUGGGAUGGGGUAGGUUGUGAUGGCUCAGGACAUGUGAUCCGUUUGGACCUGGAAAAUGAGUUCCUCUCUGGGGGGAUCGAGAACUCGACUGGCCUUUUCGGCCUCCGAUAUCUUCAAAAUCUGAAUUUGGCUUCCAACAGCUUCAACGGUAUUCAGAUUCCAAAGGGGCUUCAAAAUCUUACCAAUUUGGCAUAUCUGAAUUUAUCGAAUGCUGGUUUCGGUGGGCAGGUUCCGGUUGAACUUUCUGAAAUGAGGAGCUUAGUUAGCCUUGAUCUCUCCAGCUCUUUUCAGGGGGUUCUCCCUCUCAGACUUGAGAAACCUAAUCUCAAGGUGCUUGUUCAGAAUCUUACAGGUCUCAGGGAACUCUAUCUGGAUGGUGUUAAUAUUUCAGCUCAGGCGAGUGACUGGUCCCAAGCUUUGUCUUCAUCUUUACCCGAUUUAAGAAGCUUGAGUUUGCGGCGCUGUGGUCUAUCAGGCCCUCUGGAUCCUUCUCUUUCAGAGCUUCAGUCUCUUUCAGUCCUCCAUCUCGACAGGAACAAUCUGUCGACCACAAUUCCAGACUUCUUAGCAAAUUUCUCAAGUUUGACAACCUUGACACUCAGCUUUUGCUCUUUGCAAGGUACUUUUCCAGAUAUGAUCUUCCAGCUACCUACUUUAGAGACUCUGGAUUUAUCUAAUAACAAGUUACUCGGCGGCACAAUAAGUGAAUUUCCUCCAAAUGGGUCUUUUACGACUAUAGUACUCAGCUACACUAACUUCUCAGGUACAUUGCCGGAUUCCAUUAGCAACCUUAGGAUGUUGUCCAAGAUAGACCUGUCUAAUUGCGAGUUCACCGGUCAAAUUCCUUCCACAAUAACCAACCUAACAGAAUUGGUCUAUCUGGAUUUCUCUUUCAACUCCUUCACUGGUUCAAUCCCACUUUUUCACAUGUCCAAGAAACUAACAUACAUAGACCUUAGUCGUAAUAGUCUAACAGGUUCACUUUCUUCUGCGCAUUUUGAAGGCCUCUCCAAUCUUGGAUUUAUACACAUAGGGUAUAAUUCACUCAACGGGAGUAUUCCUGAGUCCCUCUUUAGUCUCCCUUCACUGCAGAAACUUCAGCUUUCUAACAACAAAUUUAGCGGCCGGGUGGGUGAAUUUUCCACUUCAAAUUCAUCUAACCUGGACACACUAGAUUUGAGCAGUAACCAGCUGGAAGGUCCUAUUCUCGAGUCUUUCUUCAAACUUGAACGGCUUAAUGUUCUCUCACUUUCUUCCAACUUCUUGAAUGGCACCGUUCACCUGGAGAAGAUUCAAAGACUUCACAACCUUACGAGACUAGAGCUUGGAUACAACAACUUGUCAGUUAGUUUAAGCAGCAGUAAUUCAAGUUUGUCCCCAUUGCCCCAGCUAAGCAGGUUAAAUCUAGCUUCCUGCAACCUAUACAAUUUCCCUGAUCUAAGAAACCAGUCCAGAUUAACGUUUUUGGACCUCUCAAACAACCAUAUUGAGGGAGAAAUACCUAGCUGGAUUUGGGAAAUUGGAAAGGGAGGCCUCCUCCACUUGAAUCUUUCUUCUAAUCUCCUAUCGGGUAUCCAAAAGCCUCAGAGUGUUUCUAGUUUUCUUAGCGUGCUAGACUUACAUUCAAACCAGCUCCAGGGUGAGUUUCCAGUACCCCCAGCAUCAGCCAUCUAUGUUGAUUACUCCAGCAAUAACUUUCAAAAGACAAUUCCACUAGACAUUGGCAACUCCAUUCCAUAUGCUAUGUUCUUCUCUAUCGCAAACAAUAGCCUUACUGGAACAAUUCCAGCAUCUUUCUGUAAUGCAACUUAUCUUCAGGUUCUUGACUUAUCUGUAAACAAUCUGAGUGGUAGUAUACCACCCUGUCUAGUCAAGGAAAUUGAAAAUCUUGGGGUGUUGAAUCUGGGAAGAAACAAUAUCAUUGGUGAUAUACCGGAUACAUUUCCUGUGAACUGUGGUCUAAAAACUUUAGAUCUCAGUAGGAAUAAGUUAGGAGGGCAAAUUCCACCGUCUUUGGCUAAUUGCAAAUCUCUGGAAGUCAUGAACGUUGGAAACAACAAAAUUAAUGAUGGUUUUCCUUGCAUCCUGAAAAAUUCAUCCAGCCUGCGUGUGCUUGUAUUGCGCUCCAACAACUUUCAUGGAGACAUCAGGUGUCCUGGGGUCAAUCAGAGCUGGCCAAAUCUUCAAAUCAUCGAUAUUGCUUUCAACAAUUUCAAUGGUUCUCUGUAUCCAAGAUGCAUCUCAAGUUGGAGAGGGAUGUCGCUUGACAAUGAUGCACCAUUGAGGCGGAAUCACCUGAGCUUUAAGUUUUUGGAUCUGAAUAACUUCUACUACCAGGAUACAGUAACAGUGACCAUCAAAGGGCUGGAAAUGGAGCUUGUCAAGAUAUUGACAGUCUUCACAUCCAUCGAUUUCUCGUGCAAUAAUUUUGUUGGGGAUAUACCUGCCACCAUUGGAGAUCUCAGUGCACUUUAUAUACUAAACUUAUCGCACAAUUCUCUCACAGGCACAAUUCCGAUGUCAAUUGGAAACUUGACACAGCUUGGAUCCCUGGACCUUUCAGUGAACAAGCUUACAGGGGAGAUACCAAAAGAGCUUACAAGUCUCACAUUCCUUUCCUUCUUGAAUCUCUCCUACAAUAUGCUAGUUGGAAGAAUCCCAGCAGGCUCUCAAUUUGUCACGUUUUCUGCUUCGAGCUACAUAGGAAACACAGGAUUAUGUGGAUUUCCAUUGAACAUUAGUUGUCAUGCUAGUGGACCGGCAGCAAAGUCAGUUCCAAACUUGAAGGAAACAGGAUUUGACUGGCAAUUCAUAUUCACAGGUCUGGGAUAUGGAGUUGGAGCAGCAUUAGUUAUUGCUCCGAUUGCAUUCUGCAAGGAAUGGAGGGAAACGUGCAACAAGCACCUUGAUCAAUUGCUGAAGAUGAUCUUUCCCAGAUACGGAUUCAGUUACGUCAGGUGUGAUGGCAAGGUUGAAUCGAUUGAAAACAUUGAAGACAAGACAACAGAUGAUGAUGAGGACGAGGAUGGAGAGUCAGAGGACAAUGGGGACGAAUUGUCUAAAGGAAGGUACUGCAUAUUUUGCACAAAACUGGAUAUUGGAAUAAAAAGAGCCAUGCACAAUCCCAAAUGUAUAUGUCAUUAUUCACCACCUACAUUCUUCCCUUCCCCAACAUCAUCAUCAUCUUCUUCCUUACUAGUAAUAUAUCAGCAAAACUUUUAAAUCUUUUCUUUCUUCUCCUUGGUUCUUUUUGCUUCAAUUUUUUGGUUGCGUGUAGAGAUAUACAGAUAGAAACAUGGAUUAGCCUCAGCAGCAGGGAUUGAUGAAACAAAUAUUCUUUAAGAUUUUCGAGUUUACUUUUGCAAUAGAUUAAAAGGAAAUGUUGUUUUAGUGCGUAAGUUUCUCGAACAUGUUGUACUCAGAUACAGUGAUAUGUAGUUUAGAUGAAGAGCAUGUAAAAAACAGACAGCUGAACAAGGAACGAAUACAGACUCAAGUUUUGGUGAU